AUGAGCCGGAAGAAAGUGUGGAAUUCCAUUAUGCGACGGAAGAAGAAGAAUCAUUUGGAGUUAAACUCCAAAGAUGAGAAUUCUCCUUCGGGAAACGUUUCGCCGUUAUUACGAGUUUCUACGUUGCCAAGAAGAGGAUCUCAACACAGGCAUACCUUGGAUCCGGAAUUGUCUUCGUUGCGCGAGCAUGAUAACAAUCAUCUUUUCGUGGAGUAUCCUUAUAAGCUUGCUAAGCAUACGAGAUUUCUUCAAGAUCUCACGCAGAUUAGGACGACGGAAGUAGACCGAGCGCGUGGAAAUUGGCAGAGGCGCGCAAUGAAUGCGGCUUUCACCGGAUUACGCAAAAGAGGCGGUGAAGCUGCAGUUCGAAAUGCAGCCGAGAACGCGAAACAAUGA